AUGCCGCAAGACUCGAGAUUUUCGAGACGAGACGAGACAAUCAUCGUCAAGACCAAGACCAAGAUGAACUUUUUUCUCGUCUUGUCUGUUCAAGACGUGACGAGACAUUUUAAUAGGGUGGAGAAACUGGGUGCUCGUUUAGAAAGAGCUUUGGCGGAGAAAGAUCGUCUGGAAGCAAAAUUGGAAAGUUCGCAAUCUGAACUAGGAAAAAGCAAAGCCGAACUAGAUAAGGCGGCAUCUGAGGUUGGACGCAGUGGAGCCGAUUGGGAAGCUGCCAAACAAAAACUGACGAGACUGGAGUUGGAGAAUGAAAGGCUGAGGCAUGACCUCGACAGGUCACAGUCUACCUUUGGUAGAAAUACAAUGAACUCAUCACAGGAAAUGGACAGAGUUCAAGAGCGAGCUGAAAAAGCAUCCACUGAUCUCAGAAGAGCUCAGGCCGAACUCAGAGUCACUCAGGCUGACAAUGAGAGGGCCAGAGCUGAAGCUGCUGCUCUUCAAGAAAAGGUGGAGAAGAGCCAAGGCGAAGUCUAUCGACUCAAGGCAAGACUGGAGAAUGCCCAGACUGAACAAGAAAGCCUUCGCGACGAGUACGACCGGGCACAGGCAACUGUAGCUCGUUUGCACUCCGAGCGUGAUAAGGCAGUGGGUGAGCUUGAAAAAGCUCAGGAAGAACUUGAGCGAACUCAAGCUACCCUGGGCAAAGCUCAACUCCAGCAAGAUAAGAUACAGAAUCUCCUUGAUAAAACUCAGAGCGAGGUAGACAAACUUCAAGAGAAAUGGGAAAAAUCUCAAACGGAAAUUCGUAGGAUGCAAAUGGAGAGAGAAAAACAAAACUAUGACUUUGAAAAUGUUCAAAGUCAAUUGGAUAAGUCUCUCGGUCAGUCAACGAGAAUGCAAAAGGAACGAGAAACAAUUCAAUUGGAAGUUGAUCGUCUCCAGGAUAAAUACGAAAAAGCUCAGGUAAAAUCAGGAAAUAAAUCCCGUAUUACCAAUGUGUACGGUAAUAGUGCAAGAGCUGGUGUGGAUGAAAUGAAAGAGGCAACAGUUACGUUGGUGAAAUUUUAUGUUAAGAAGACUACGGAAGUAGUUCCGUUACAAGGGUUGGCGGUGAAGUGA